AUGGUCGAUUAUCACCGAAUAGCGUCGGGCGUGUGCGAAAAAGAGCGCAAAUCGGAGCUCAACACUCGCGCGCGGCUGGGAAAGGGGUGUGGCACCCCUCCGAAGGCGCCUCGCGAGGAGCUGCUGCUGCCGCCAGGGGACGAGUCUUCUGACGCCCACUGCGAUCAUUUGCCACCCAGUCAUAUAGAAAUGUCACCAUAA